AUGUCGACGCCGGCUUCAUCACAGCAACAUCCCGAGCACGCGCCGGCUACCAGUGUCAGACGCAGCUUCACCCUCCCCGCAAAGGCAAAGAGGCCCACAUCUGUCCCUCCGCCCUCAAACAGCGUAGACGGAAUCGAAACGCUGUUUGUGUGUUCAAACUCCAAGAUCGUCUCCUUCACAACAGCUGGUCCCGCCCGCCGACUCUCACCUAGCCGAUCGGGUGACACGUCGCAUCCGAUACAAUGGAAGACACCCACGGAGCGCACCCUCGCAGUCGGUGUCUUACGCAUCUAUCGCGUGACAGCCUCCAACGUCUCCUUCCUCAACAGCGGCAACCUCCUCCACACAAUCUUCCCUCGCAGCCAGAUCUGGUGUGUCGAUAACCAGUCGGUAUUUGUACUGCGCGUGCGGCAAGACUCGUACUAUCGGAUGGAGCUCCCCUUCGAGACGGAUGAGGACAGGGAGAAGAUUGAACAGUUCAAGUUGGUCUUGUCGCAGGUGAUGCAGUAUGAGAGGACUCAGUGCCCGUUUGCUAGAGGCUUCGUCGCGGAAGAGCUGGAGCGUCCGAAGAGUCCACCGCGGAGAGUAGUAAAGAGGAAGCCCUCGGGGCAGGCGAAGAAGUGGGUAAUGGAUAAGACCUGGGUACCACAGCAAUACGGCUCAAGACCUUCGACCUCUGGUACUGAACGCUCGGCGUCUAGUGUGACUUCUUCCAACGACGAGGACGAUCGGUCGAGCGUCAUUACUGAUAGCAGCGAGGCCGUACCCGAGGCUCCCGAGACUCCCUUUGUGAGAGACCUACCCAGGUCACUCGCAUCAACUGCUCUCCCUCGCCGACCGUCAGUGGCCGAACGCGCGAGCAUCUUCGGCCAGCGCUCUGUCACAGCACCGGUGAGGACACACAGGACAGGGUCAGUGUCUGCCAUGAAGCGUAUAGUCGAGUCCCCAACGGAACCACAACCACAACGCAGCGAAGUCGAGAAGCCGGUGCUUGAGCGCCAAGUUUCUGAUGCCGUCAGUCUGGCCUCAAGCGCCGACUCCUUCUACUCCUUGGACACUGUCACGCCAAGAAGUCCAUCACCCAAGUUCCUUGAUGCAGAAGGUGAUCUCGUGAACCCUUGGGCAGCCGCCUUUUCAAAGGAACAAGACGAGCCAAGGGGACGUUCAAUCCAUCGCCGUGACAUGUCAGAGAUUACUGUCCGCGCUCCCUCGACCGAGGGCACCGGACCUUCCGCUCCAGUGACACCCACAAUGCCAUACUAUUCGAGCUCAACUCCCUCGAUCAAUGUACGGCCAUCUUCAGCCCCCUCAACACCACCGCUUAUCAACGACUCGGAUGAUGACAGCUUUGAGCGUGCCAGCUUGGAUCUCGCCACACCUCCUGAUUCGAUCCGGAUGAAGAGACUCACAGGAGCGUCGCAGCGACGAGCCUUCUCACCCAUGCCUCACGCGCACAACCUGUUCUGCCCGCCCAAACAACACCCUGGACGCGACUUUACAAACGCAUUGGUGCACGUGGGUGGUGUGCAGAGUUCGGAUGAAGAGCUGCAUGACAUACUGGGCUGGUGCUGGAAGAGCGAUGCAAACUUGAUCGAGGUGCAGCGUAGAGGCAAGGGCAAACGGUGCCGCACGUUAGCUCCCGACUCAGUCCCGUGCUAUGGUUGGCCGCCUCUUCCCAAGCACAACAAGCAGCACGACUGGGCAAGCUUGUCACGAUCCGCGAUGACGAGUCGCGAUGACGAGCCAACGUGA